CAGGACAAACACCAGUCUACGUAAGUUUUGGUAUAGAUUUACGUCAUUUAACAUCGUAUUCUAAGUGACAAUAAUGAUGGACACUCUGGAACUGCGACCAGGACAGGCGGUGUUGCUGCUGUGGGGAGGGGCAGAGUCUAGCAACAUAGAGGAGGUGGUCAGCUCCCUGUCUCAGCAGGUUAGCCCUGCAGGGAAAGUGCAGGUGGAGCAUUUGGAGAGACUCAAACAAUCAAGUCAUCCUGAAUCGAGUUUCGAUGCUGUGUUGUCUGGUUUUGUGCCGGCUUCCGUUAGUCAUGAUAAUGACCUGCUAGAGGAAAUCUGCCGACUUCUGCAUCCAGGUGGGAUGGUUUACCUUCGUCAGCCUAUCGCCGAAACGUCGGUGGGUGACGGCCAUCUGAAGACAAAAGAAGAGCUUGUGUCGAUACUGAAGCUGUCCGGGUUCAUAGACGUUUCUCAGCCGUCCCUGGUUCCACUGAGUGACGAUGAGAAGAGUAAGCUACAAACAUCGACGGAGAACGGUUUUCAGCUGGUACAAGUCCUAGCUCACAAACCAAGCUAUGAAAUUGGCUCCACAGCUCAGCUUAAGCUAUCAGUGGCAACCAACGUGAACGAUAAUGACAAAGUGAGUCAGGCGUGGACAAUCUCAGCAAACGAGAUGCUGGACGACGAUAUUGAGCUGAUGAACUCGGACGAUCUGUUGGACGAGACCGAUCUGAAGAAACCAGACCCAGAGUCACUAAAAGCUGACUGUGGUGGAAAUGCCAAGAAGAAGAAAGCGUGUAAGAAUUGCUCAUGUGGACUUGCGGAGGAGCUGGAAUCUAACGCUGCGCCCAAAAAGAAAACUGUUGAGUCGUCGUGUGGUAGUUGUUACCUUGGCGAUGCCUUCCGAUGUGCAAGCUGUCCGUAUUUGGGCAUGCCAGCUUUUAAACCUGGUGAGAAGGUUUUGCUUCCUCAGAGUCAACUGAAGGCGGAUGCAUAACUGAAUCAGUGAAGAGACAUUACCUGAACAUGGGUUCAGGGCUCGAGUUGGAGCAGAAGGAAUGUUAAAACAUCAUUCAGUCUGGACUGGAGUAAUGUAGUGCAAAGUGACCACUGUGAAAUUAUAUACAUGUAUUUUUCUGGA